GCCCCCGCCUCGCGCUGUUCCGGAAAGGGCGCAGAUGGCUCCUGAGCUCCGCCCGUGCGGGGCCGUGGCGCGGCGUUGCCCGCGGGCCGUGUGUCCCGUCAGGCACCGCGGCGGGCCCGGGCCGGGGACUGAAGCGGAGCGCGGUCGGGAGCGGCGGUCAGGGGUCACGUGACCGGGGCGGCGGGAGAUUCGGGGCACUGGAGGGAUGCAAAGGGAAGUUAUGUUCUAGCAGAGUGUUGUCUCCAUAGGAUCCUGAAUGGCUCCAGUUAAAAUCAGCUAUGUGGUGUCCUCCUCCCAGGACCCCAAGUACCCGGCAGAGAACCUGCUGAGUGAGGAUGGCGUACGACCCUGGCUUGGCUGCCCCAAGAAGCACAGCAGGCAGCUGAGUGUGGAGCUGCAACUGGAGAGAGCCAGUCCCAUUGGAUACAUUGACAUAGGGAACUACGGCUGCGCCUUUGUGCAGAUUGAGGUUGGACGCUCCUCAUGGACCUGUGACCAGCCCUAUCUCACCUUGGUGCCCACUGUCACACUGAUGACACCAGCUGACUCGAAGCUGGACCAGAAUCGCUAUGGGGUUCAGAUGUUUAAGGAAGGCUGCUUCCUGCUGGAUCUGCUCCCCAUGCAUGCCUCUCAGUGUGGAGAAGACCCCACCACAGCCUGGCCUUUCUUGUCCCCUGAUGCCUGGGUGUCCUGCCCCAUUUGUCAGCUUCCCUUCAGAGUGACAGAGGUGGAGCAGCAUGCCAGCAACUGUGGCGAGACACCAGGGGCCCUGUCCUCACCCUAGGGCCUG